GACCCUCCCAUAGUGUUGCUAUUUGUUGUGCAUUUCUGCCCCCAUCAUGGCCGCUCUGCCUCCAAAUUAGGAACUUGAGUGUUUUAGAACAGAGGAGACCCAGACACACUCUUGCGUGGCCCACAGAGCACUGAUACACACUGACUGAAGCGGUGUAAGGACACUGAGACUGAGUGACCAGGCUGUGUCUGUGUGAACACUUCUUCUUCUUCGAUGGCUGCUGCUGCCCCCUCUGCUGCUGCUGUUCCGGAAGGGUUUCACUAUGAAACGAAGUAUGUCGUUCUCAAUUACCUGGGCCUCAUCGCACAGGACAGGCCACAGGGGCAGCAGGGUUUUGCAGUAGAAGGCGCACAGGGAGAGACGCCCCAGGAGAAGGAGGUCGCUGCAAAAGUGAAAGCGGAGAUCGAAGAGGAGCUGAAGCUUCUUGAAGAGGAGAUUUCGAAAGCCUUCACGAGCACAGGGUUUGACUGCCACACGUCUCCAGUUUUCAGCCCUGCCAACCCGGAGAGCUCAAUAGAGGACUGCCUGGCACACCUGGGGGACAGAGUAUCUCAGGAUCUGUCAACGCAUUUACACACCGCCAUGCAGAGCCUGCUCAGCUUACCCCUGGACUACAAACACUACAAAGAAGCAGUUCAGCAAGUCGCAUCUCAUUCUCAAGGAUGGAGUACGGUGUUGGUGCCUCUGGUGCUCCUGCAGAGGCUCCUGAAAGAGCGGACAAGGCAGGGCCAGCAGCCCCUCGGCCCCCUGCUGCAGCUCGGAGUCCAGUAUCUGGAGGAGGCUGCGGCUGAUUACAUCAUCCAGCAGGGCGGCUGGGGUACAGUUUUCAGCCUGGAGGAAGAGGAGGACCAAGGGAUCAUUGCCGAGGACAGCAACGACAUCUACAUCCUGACCAGUGACAAAUCUGGCCAGGUGAGCCCUCCCGAGUCGCUCGCAGUCCUGAGCUCCUGGCAGUCUGACAGCCUGCCCGUGUCCCUUUCAGUGAGCCAGAGCUGGCAGACAGAGAGCCUGCCGGUCUCCCUUGGACCAGAGUCCUGGGCACAGGUCACCAUGGACCCAGAAGAUCUCAAGAGCCUGGACAGCAACGAGGGAGGGGAGGAGAGGAGCGAGAAUAACUCCUCCAACUCGGACAUAGUUCACGUGGAGAAGGAGGAGAUUGCAGACGAUGAAGGGGCCAUAUCAGUGGCAGGAGUCCUGAAAGUCCAGGGGGCCCAAGAGUCCGUUUUGAAGACUGAACUUAAGGAGGAGCCACCGGUGACCCCGCCAGCACUGCUGGAAUCCACCGCUCUGCCUCAGCAGACUGAUGUCUCACCACCGGCGGCUGCUGCUGCUGCUGCUGCUACUGCCGUUAUCCCUCAAGAGGAGACGCCAAGCAGUGUGCCAGAGCCUGCACCGGUACAGCAACCUGCAGCAGCUGAAACUGCACUGAAAACAGCAGAAGAACCACCCAAGCCUCCUGCAAUCGUGGAACCUGUAACGGAGCCAGCCAAACCAGCUGUGCAGGCAGAGGAGCAGGCAAUAAAAGAGGUGGUGGUAGAUAUCUUGAAAGAGAGCCCAAAACAGGUGCCUGAAGCCCCGAAGGAAGCAGAGAAGGUGCCCUUGGCUCCAGAGGAGAAGGUAGAAACGGUGCCACCAGAAGAGGAGAAGGACUCUUUGGCAGACGACAACUCAUUCCUGUACUACGGGGUUACGGCUGCCGCAGUGGUGGCGCUGGCUGUUGCUGUAGCGCUGGUUUUGAGGAAAAAAUAGUUUAGGACAUCUAAACCACCACGUGCUGUCCACCAUUUCUAGGCUCGAAUUCGAAAAAAGGUCUAGAGGGCGAACCACUAGUUCCGCUAUAUACAGGCUGCCUUUUUUAAUUUAAUUUUUCCCCUUUUAUGUUUUGAUAAGUCAGUAGUAGUCGUAGUCUGUUAUUGCUACCAAUCCAUAUAUUGGAUUUGAAUUAAGGGUGUUUUUAUUUUUAUUUUCCCUAAUUUGUUCCUCCAAUGCCAGGAUUCAAUCGUGCAGCGAUGCACUGCUUAGGAUAUGAUAGUUUUUACUUUAAUUGUAAUUCUAAAGCAUUUUUAACAGGGUAUUCAAGCCCCGUUGUCUUGAGGGAAUGGCGUUGGGGGAACUUUCAGGAGGGGGGGGUCGCAUUUGACUGAGACACUGGGUUCAGUCACCCUGCCCUGUUUUUCAACAGGCACUGUUGUUAGUGUCUAUGGUAAAACUAUAAAUAAAUCCAGUACAGUGAAGAUGGCACUAACCAGAUAUCCCAAAUGCUUAAAGGAACCCUCCUGUGCCAUAAAGUGGUUAACAUCAGAUAUUGGGUUUUAAAUACAUGUUUACAGUGACAUUAAUUUCAUCCAAAACUGCACAUUGGAGACCUGUAUAGCAAAUGGAAGUGUGAGAUUUAUGACAUUUUACUUGGAUUGCUACAAACACUUUUAAAACUAAUUUCUAUGAAAACAGACCCCAGUAUACAAAUUGUAUAUUUUGAAUAAAACUGGAGAUGCCACCAAACUUGCCUCAGUGCAAUGUGAUGUAAUAUUGCAUGGGGGUCAAGGCAAAGUACACUACUGUUACCCUGUAGUAGUGAAAUUGCUAAUACAAUUGACUUACAAUAUCCCAUUCAUCCAAAAGUCUGAAUGAUCUGUUACACACUUCCAGAUACAACAGUUAUUCAUGCUUUAAUGUUCCCGAUAUCUAAACUCCACUGUGUGGCUAUGGAAUCUAAGGCAUUACCUUCCUUAAGUGUUCCUUUCGCUUGGAGGGUCAGGGCUCUUAGGGUUUUAAGACUUUGCAAUAAGAUUGGACCCUAGUUCUUCUCUUGCGACCCCUCCACCCCCUGCAUUACACUGUAUUCACCUGGGGUUGAAGAGAGGGUCUUACCCAAAAGUCUUCUCCAGCUAAAGCAGUUUACCCGCUUUAAAGAUCUCCCUUGGUGAACCGGAUUGCUUAAUAAUAAUUUAUCAACUUUACAAACUGACCUGCUUAAGUGAAGACAAUCAUCAGUCCUUUUAUACUUCUUUAAAAGUUGGACACUAAACCAAUUAUAGUUGUUUGUAAAGGAUUAAAUGUUUAGUUUAAGGGUGGUUUCAGGGUUCAGUUGUCUUUAGGGUUAUAAAUGGAAAUAUGUUCUGGAUUGAGUGCAGGCAAAUAAAUUACAAAAAAAAACUUGGAAUUCAUGUUAUAUCUUUUUCUUUUCUUUCUUUUUUUUUUAAACAUGUUUGUUUCCCUUUAUCCCAAUGUAGAAUUUUUGUAAAGUAACAGGUUUGUGCUGUUCCAAAAUGAAAUCCUCUUUUCUGAGGAAUGUUUCCCUUGCUGCAAUAAACACAAUGGUUAUUCUUCAAGUAA